AUGUGGCAAUCAGUGAUAAUAUUAGUAUUAUUUAUUAUGCUGUUUUAUGGAGAAAGAAGCACCGGUGAAUUGAAUGAUUACAGUGAAAAGAUUGUGUUCAGUUUCAUUAAUAACGUAGCAAAACGUAGUAACGUCAGCCAACUUUGCGGUGAUAGCCUUACAAAGAUUGGUCCAUAUUUGUUGGAUUACAAUACGAUUCCAGCUCAAAAGGAAUUUUUUAUCACAGCUUAUACAUCUGGUGAUGCGGAACAAUUUUUUAGUAGAGAUCAAGAUCGUUGGGUAUUCCGAGCAUACAAAUGUAUUCAAGCAGCCGGCGAAGCAACCUAUUCGAAAUCCGAGCAUCCAUUACAUUAUUGUUUUGGUUAUAAUGAAGAAAAUGAGAAAAAUGAUGGUAUAGCAUAUGGGAUUUGUAUUCCAUCUACUUGUUAUAAUGAUCGAAACAAGUUAUUGGAUGAAUGGCGAUCAAUGAUAUCUACUGAUACUAUAGCGAUCGAUUAUACGUCAUGUACUAAAUCACGUCAUGACAAACAAUGGUAUCAGAAACCAGCAGCUAUUACGGAAUUUAUUUUGCACCAAAACUUCAUGUUACUUGUUGUUGUUGCCACUGUUUAUCAUAUCAAAAAGGGAAAGCAGAGCAAAAACAAAUGGGCAGAAAUUUUGUUGGCAUUUUCCGCAAAAAAGAAUUUAUUGAAAUUGAUCCGAAUGCCAAAAGAUUCGCAAUCAACGAUCACUUGUAUGUUCGGUAUGCGUUUCCUGUCGAUGGUUUGGACCGUUAUCGGUCAUUCAUUCCUUUUUGUACAGGCUUAUUUGGAUAAUGUCGAAGAAUACAAGGAUGAUAUGGUCGAUCAUUUCUACAAUCAGUGGAUUACAAAUUUUACACUCGGUGUUGAUACUUUUUUGGUACUCAGUGCUACAUUGACUGCUUUUACUUGGUUUAAAAAAUUUCACGGGAAUUUAUCAGGAACGGUGCCAACGUGGACAUCAUACGGUUAUUGGUUACGUUACUACCGUCAUCGGAUCAUUCGUUUAUGGCCAGCUUAUAUUUAUGUGCUGGUGGAUGUUGGAAUGCGCGCAUCAAUUCAGCAUUUCCAUCCGAUGUGGCCUCCCACUGAUCCUGCUGUUCAGUGUCCCAAGCAUUGGUGGGAAAAUGUCCUUUUUGUCAACAGUUUGUUUGAAAAUCGCUGCAUGCCGUGGACAUGGUACAUUGGUACCGAAUUCAUCUACUACCUCUUAUCACCGAUCUUCUUAUUAUUGUUGCAUAAAGUACCACGAAUUGGGUUUGCUGUCUCAGUACUAACCAUAAUAUCAUCUAGUUUUCUAAAUAUGUUUGGCAUGAUACGCUGGAAUUUUCCGCCAACGCAAUUGCUUUGGAAACAACCGAGAAUUUUUAGCACUGAUUUUAUUAAGCACCAUGUAAUGAUGUAUAUAAAGCCACAAUAUCGGAUAGGACCAUAUAUUGUUGGCUUAUUGUUGGGAUAUUAUUUAGUAAUUGUUCAAAAUGGUGCAAAACAAACGCCCCAAAGAUUUAUGAGAUUACAAGCAUUUGGUUGGAUUUUUGCAUUCAUUGCUUGCUUUUGGGCUAUUUUUGGUUUGUAUCCAGCUUUACAGGGUUGGGAUUGGCGUAUGUAUCAUCUUUUUUACGGUGGUUUCCAUCGGACAAUGUUUGCCUUAGCUAUGGUUUGGCUUAUUUAUGCUUGUCACACUGGCAGUGGUGGAAUUAUUAAUAGAGUACUUAGCAUGAAAUUAUUCAUACCAUUAUCAUCGCUUUGCUAUUCGGUAUAUUUGGUGCAUAUGGUAUUAGUAGUAUUCACAUAUCUAUUGGUACCAUUUCCCAUUGCUUAUACAACAAAAUGGCCAAUUUUUGGGCAUUGCGUAGUACAAGUUACACUAUCCUAUGUUUUUGGUAUUAUUUGUGCACUACUUGCUGAAUUACCAGCAUUGAAUUUGGAAAAGAUUAUUUUCCAAAAUGGUCAUAAAAAUACCACAGUGCAAUUGACUAAGGAUUAUGGACUACAGCAAUCUAAAACUGCUGAUAUCGGAUAA